GUCAGAGAAGGGCGUGCAGCGCAGAGACAAACCGACAUCUAGAAUAUCACAACGUCGACCGCCCCGUCACUCCAGAUAGUUCAGGGACUUCUGAGGGUUCUACAUUGAUGCCACAAUGGUGCAACUCGCGACCUUCCAGCUUCCAAAUUGGAUUGAAGGCAACAAAGACAGCGCCAAAUAUGUCCUCGGCGGAAGUGCUGCCCCAAGCAUCUCGCUGGACGAUCUGGUUGCUCUAUCCACCGACCCUGCUGCGACCGAGAGAGCGUUGCAGUUCCGGUCGAUGAAAAUGAACAAUGGAUCGCUUCAGGGCACGCGGGAACUGCGCGAGCGGAUUGCGAGUUUGUACAGCGAGGACGUCCUACCCGAGAAUGUCAUCACCGCGACAGGAACAACCGGGGCCAACUUGACCGUCUUUCAGAGCCUCUUGCAGGCCGGCGAUCACGCAAUCUGCCAGUAUCCGACCUAUCCACAACUUCUCGGGCUGCCGGAAAGCUUUCCGUGCGACCUCUCCUACUGGAGGCUUGACCCCGAUAAAGGAUGGCAGCCCAGCGUCGACGAGCUUCGCAAAUUGAUCCAGCCGUCGACGAAGAUGAUCAUCCUGAACAAUCCGAACAACCCUACGGGCGCGCACCUCGACGGGACACUGCAAGGGAAAAUUCUGGAAAUUGCCCGCGAACACAACAUCAUCGUGUUUGCAGACGAGAUAUUUCGGCCACUAUUUCACAGUCCAGCAGCUGCAUCCACUCCGUCGUUGGUAGAACACGGAUACAGCAAGGUUGUCGUGACGAGCUCCAUGAGCAAAGUGUGGGGUAUGUCGGGAGUGAGGAUUGGAUGGAUCGUGUCUCGCGACCGCGACAUCCUAGCUCUGCUCCUCAACACGCGUCAGUAUACCGUUAUGUCGACGAGCCUGAUCGACGAAGUCGUUGCCACGGAGGCGUUGAGCCCUCGCUGUCGCCCACUAAUCCUGAAAAGACAUCUCGAAUACGCACAGCAAAACUUGGCCCGGUGGGAUGCAUUCGUCAAGAAGAACAGCGACAUGUGCUCCUGGACACGGCCCACGGCUGGAGCAAUUGCUUUCGUCAAAUUCUCCUCUCCGGACGGGACAGUGGUGGAUGACGUGGAAUUCUGUCAACAGCUCCUGAAGGAAGACGGGGUGCUCAUCAGUCCCGGGAGUCUCUGCUUCAGCACCGAAAAGCAGACCGAUUUCCGCGGCUAUGUUCGCUUGCACUUCACGCUCACUCCAGAGAAUUUGGACAAGGCCCUCGAAGUACUUGAUUCCUUCCUAGCCAAAAGGCGGAAGCUGUUUGCCGCGACAUCUCGGUUAUAGUCUUAGAGAUAGAUCAAGAAGUCUGAUACGUUUUGCC